AUGGCACAAUCCAACGCAGCAAACGAGGCGGGCUCGAUUCUCUGGGUCACGACCAAGGGGUUGGUACCGGAAACUAAGGCAAGGGCUACUGUUCUAGCCAUGAAUGCGCUCGACUUGAUGACGAGUAACACCCGAUGGGGCGAUAGGGUUGGUCAGGCCAGCGCGCUGAGUUGUGCAUAUCAGUCCAGCCUGAGAGGAAACGCGAGUUCAGGGGUGAUGGAAGCGCGAUGGCGGGAGGCGAACGUUGUAAGCAAACGCAGGCAGUGA